CCGUUAUAUAAACCCUAGCCUUAAACCCUAAAUCUUGAUUCUUGAUUAUUGAUUCUUGAUCUGGCCUUGAUACCCUGGACAGGAGAAGCCAUGAGUCGGAGUUUGCUCAGGAGCUUCGCUCUCUACUCUCGAUGGAACCGACCCAUCGUUCCCUUUUCUGCUCCGGUCGUCAAGAGGGUCAGAUUCUACUCCCACGACGAGCAGAGCAAGCCCCAAGAUCAGGAGAACGAUGCUGCUUCCCAUGCCGAUGAUGAUGUUGGCAGAGAAGAACUGAAGAGGAGGAUCUUAAAAUUUUACGAUGAUGGCAACAUGGAAGCGAUUCCGACGAUUCUUGAGGAAAUUUUGAAGCGGAAAUUGGCAGGAAAAAAUGACGAGAGCUUGCUUGAUCAACUUCCCUCUAACAUUAGACCUGAAGAUCUUGAAAACGGUGAAGACAGUGAUUGAGAGACUGGUAAUCUGUUCGUUACCAGGUCAUAUGACAGUCAAUUAGGAAUAGAUAAGGUUAAUUUAUACAUAGCACUCUAGAUCUGUUAUCCUGCGCUUCUGAUGCAGGCGAUUUAUUGUUUUGUCUGGAGUAAUGUAAUUUACUUGUGUAAAAAUCUUUCCAAUUUCCAGCAUCAGAUGUAAAUGAUGAAGAUAUUUGCUUCAAGUGCAAUUCAUUUAAAAAAAUUUUCCA